AUGGCCCCAGGAGACACCCUCCCCGACUUCCUCACCAACACACCCCUCGACCCCUCUUUCACCACCGACAUCCUCAACACCCACCUAAUCUACGACUACGCGGCCCAAGACCCCCAAGGCCGCCCCGAAAAAUGGCGCUACGAACUAUGGUGCAUAUCCCCCACGCGAGUCGUCUACGCAAUCCACGGCGGCCCCAUGGCCGGCCGGAAGAACUACCAGCGCGCUACGUAUCAGUGUAUACGGGCGGGGGAGCUGUGGCAGAUAAACUGGCUGGAAGAGACGGGCACGGUGGUGUCGGCUGUGUAUGAUAUUGUGCAGCGCAGUAUGACGACUGUUAUUGCGUUUUCGGAGGGGCAUUGGAGGGGGGCGGAGGAGGCGAAGGGGGAUAAGAGGGUGAGGGCGGAUUUGGAGAGGUGGAGGGGGUUGAGCAGGGUGGGGAGUCAGGAGAAGAGGUUUUUGUUGAGUGAGAGGGCGGAGGUUGUGGAGGUGUUUUGGGGGAGGGGGGAGUUGGAGGGGAUUAGUGAGGAGGAUGUGCUGUUUUGA